UAAAGAUAAUUGGUAUGCAGGGCCCCAAUCCUUAAUUAGUAGCCACCAGGGGGAUGGAUGGAGGACAGAUGGGGUGACGUCGAGUCUUUCUUCUCCAGUGAUUGGGAGCACAUAUAAAGCUUGGCAUUCGCAGGUUAAAUGGCAACACAGAAGACAUCUGACCUGCAAAGAUGGACCGGAUUAUCCUCUUGUGCCUGUUCUCCGCUUGUCUCUCAGCCGUACAUACCCAGAAAUUUUUGUUCAGCCCAAAAUGGGGCCCCGUCGGCUAUAAAGAGCGUAAAGAGCCCGGUGUUGGGACAGCAAUGGAAGAAAUCAUUAAAGCUAAUGAGUUCCAAGCCUCCCGAAUCAUCGAGGGCACCACCACUCUCAGAGAGGGAGACAUUGCUGUUUCUGCUGGAAGGCGCUCCAAAGUCUGCUUUGCACGGAGCUGCCUCUGGGCGAAGUCAGUGGAUGGACAUGUCUACAUUGCAUACAGGCUAUCACCUAAAUACUCUGAAAUUGAGACAAAGCUGAUAAAGAAAGGGAUGGAGAGCACGGAGAAAGGUACCUGUGUGCGAUUUGUUCCCUGGACUCACCAGCGAGACUACGUCGACAUCCAGCCAAAGUCUGGGUGUUGGUCCUACCUUGGUGCACGUGGUGGAAGACAGACCGUAUCUCUCAAGAGCCCUGGCUGCCUCCAAGUCGGAGUGAUUGCCCACGAGUUAAUGCAUGCCCUGGGCUUUGUGCACGAGCAGUCUCGCUUGGACCGGGACAACUAUGUCACCAUCAUGUGGCCAAACAUUUGGAGGGAUCGUGUGAGGAAUUUUGAGAAAUUCAAGACCGACAAUCUGGACCUUCCAUAUGACUACAGCUCAAUCAUGCACUUUGGGAUGUAUGCCUACUCUCAGGAUGGGCAACCAACCAUCAUACCUAAGAACAGCAAGGUGCAGCUGGGCCAGGCCUCGACUCUCAGCUACAUUGACAAGAUGAAAAUCAAUAAGCUUUACCAAUGCGGUGACAUGGACGAUAAUUAACUCAACUGAGUGGAGAUGAAACAGAACUGAGCAGGAAGCUAAUAAAAGAAACUACUUUAAAUCAUGGAAACAGCUCCAAUAAAUAUUUAUUUUAAGCUUCCUAUCAGCACUUCCUCUGUGUGCAAACAAAUGUGUGAGUUUAAACAAGACAUGUUGCUUCUGUUGAGAAAGUUUGAGUAAAGAGGUUCGUGAGCGGAGCAACAGAAUCUGAAAACUGAGGUUCAUUACGACUUAGGUGUGACUAUCGACCCUAUAUACACAGCAUAGGUCAUUUCAUGUAUUGGUCCAAGAUUGCACGAAUGUAAAGAAGUUGUAUUCCUAUUUGCAUUCUUACUUUAUGCAGUGAAUUAAAGUAUUUUAAAAAUGUAAA